AUGCCAAAACUCCCCAAACUUUGGAUCUUCCCCGAAAACCCCAAAGUCCGCACCCCGAUCCCCUCCAGACAACAACCCCAAGCACGAACCAGCCCCCCACCCUCAAACUCUUCCCCGCAACAAAAAUCGCAUUCGCAAUCCCAAUUGCGAUUCGGCUUCUUCUCUCACCUCCGCACACGCUAUGCCACCCUCCCACCACCCCUCCGCACAACAAUCUACACAGCGCUGCGCACGCUGCGCAUUGCCGCUCCCUUCCUCGCAAUGGGCAUCUUCUUCCGCGAACACAUCCUCCAGGCCCGAUGGGUGACAGGUCCCUCCAUGACGCCGUACUUCAACGAAGACUACGCGAACACGCAUACGGAGCGGGACGUUGUGCUUGUGGAGAUGUGGCCGUCGGGAUUCUCCUGGCCGUGGAGCAGUGGUGGGAAGGGGAAACGGAGGAUCGAGCGAGGGAUGGUUGUUAUGUUUCGCUCCCCUUCAAACCCCGACAAUAUUAGUAUAAAGCGCAUAAUCGGCCUCCCCGGCGAUCGCAUAACGACGCGCGAGCCGUGUCUGAAGGAAUCCCAGAUUGUUCCCUGGAACCAUGUCUGGCUGGAAGGGGACGCGGCGGAUCCGAAGCACUCGUUGGAUAGCAACACAUACGGGCCGGUGAGCAUUUGUCUGCUGAUGGGGCGGGUGUUUGCCGUGGUGUCACCGCGGUUCAGGUGGUUGGAUUGGGAGAACUGGGAGAAAGGGGUUGUGGAUGGGGAUGCGGAGGGGAAAUUUGGGGAUCGGUAUCGCGAGGGAGUAAGGAAGCGAGUUGUGAAGGAGGCAGUGCAGUUGGAAUUGCCAUUCUAUAGUAUAUGA